AUGGGGUCGCUGCUGUUCAACGCGGCGCUGCUGGGCGGAGGCUUCGUGCUCGGCCGCGUGCCGCUGCUGCCUCUGGCUGCGCAGCUCCUGGAGGAGCUCCAUGCUCUACCUACUGCGCGCAAGGUGGUCAUGCUGACGCUCGUGACGCUGCUGGUGGCGCUGUACGUGCUCGGGGUGCUGCUGCCGCUGCGCUGGGUGGCGACGCAAGAGUCGGAGAAGGCCACUGCGAGACGCGAGCAGCCGGAAGCCACGUCCUUCCGACGCGAGCUGCGGCGUCGUGGCAGCUACAGCAUGAGCUACGUCACGGACAUCAAGGCGCACGUGUUCGCUCGCUGCUAG